AUGGCCAUAAGAAACAGAUUGUUUUCGGCUUUCAAUUCCAUACAUAGAAUUUUUAAUGUUGAGGCUAAAUUCUUACCAUACACAUGUACGACGAGAAAUGAAGCCCUAGUACAGAAUCACACCAAACAUCAAUCCUACUUACACUACGCCAAAAAAGAUUAAAAUCUCUAAAAUAUUACUAGAUCUACAUUAGAUGAAUUCUAAAAAAUGGAAUUUAAUGUGAUUUCUAAAUUCUAAAGAAAUGGGCUAAAUAAUACACAAGUGGAUCCACAUUAAAUUAUCUACUAAUUGGACAGAAUUGAAGUUUUAAGAAAAUUAAAAGUACUGGAAAAAAGUGCUGGAGCAUUUCCACAAGAUGAAGCGGAAUGCUUAAAACUAAUUGCCAAAGUCCACUUAGAGGAACAAAAUGCAUAAGAAAAUUUAGAUAAAUUUAUUGAGGCUAAUCCAUAAUGUAGUAGAUUAUUAUACCUUGGAUAAAUUUGAGCAUGAUCAAUUAUUAAAAAUAAACAAAAAUACGUAAAUAAAAUGUAAAUGA